CAAGCCCAAGCAUCUCACCGCUGGUUGCAGCGGUUCCUUUCGUGUCCUCGAAGCCAUGGAGCAAGCAAAGACCUGGCGUGUUGUGCGUGCGCAAGCGCUCGUUGAACUAGACAGUUUUCUUCGGCAAAGUGACCCGCAAGAUGUGAGGUGGCCCCUGGACCGAUUUCAACGGACGGCGCCCAGACGCUACGAUGGGACACCAACGUCCACGUGUUCGGACCUAGGCAAAUAUUUAGCCUACAACAUGAGUUCUACCACUGCGGUCAGUCAGGGGGAGCUGCCAGCAGCCAACAGGCUUGGCUUGUCACCCACCUCAACGCAAGGUGAACUUCCACCAGUCACGGUGCUGGACAGUAGGCAAGUCUCUCAAGAACGCAGUCUUCGACAGGCGACCCUUACCCUGGACGAAAUCCCGGAGUUCAGGAGCUAUACCAUGCCCGAGCUUUUCGCCAUGGAGUAUCAACGCUCCAAGAACACCACAAUGGCCUCCAUGCCAGAGAUCGAGAUGGAUCCUGAUGACAGAGAAGAAGGAGAGACAGAGGUCGACAACAAGUGGAACAGCUUCACGCUCUGACGAGUCACGUUGGCGGCCUUGGAAUUCCCCCACAAAAUUGGUUUAAAAUGGUGUGGGAUGUCAGGGGCACCCGAAUUGUGGUUGCCGAUGAUGUCGACUGCUCAGCAUGGUAAUUUCCUUGCAAACUUUUCAGCAGCCGAUAUGUUUCCGAGCUUUAUGAAGCGGAAGGCCAAAUCGAAACCCGUCAAAGUCUGGAUCGAUUGUGGCAAGCACACGACUGCCGUGUGCUAAAAA